GUAAAGCCCUCCGCCCGGAAUCGAGCAUGUCGGUGAUGUCCGUUCCUGUUUUCGUGAGCAACUGCUGACUGUCGCUUUGUGUUGCUCACGGGCUAUGGAGGCCGUUUUUAACAGCAAAAUCGCUUAAAGAAUCAACAGGUCGACAGAUGAGAGACACUCUAUAAGGGUUUACCUCUUGCAAGAUCUAGUGGAGGCUUGUGUGCCGGUUAAUGUAUAGAGUAAAAAGGGUGAAACUUGAAGACGAAACAGAAGGAAGUUGGAAAAGUUUAGCAGCUGUCAAGAUGACUGCAGUAGAUGACCUUUCAGACAGCACUGAAGUGGUGGAGAUGGAAGACGUGUCCUCCCAGUUCUUUGUGGAGAAGCACUCCUGGGAUGGCUUGCGCGAAAUCAUCCACGGAAGUCGGAAGUACUCCGGAAUGAUCAUCAACAAGGCACCCCACGACUUCCAGUUUGUACAGAAACAUGAUGAUUCAGGCCCUCAUUCUCAUCGCCUGUACUAUCUUGGUAUGCCCUAUGGGAGCAGGGAAAACUCAUUACUGUACUCAGAAAUUCCAAAGAAGAUCAGGAAAGAAGCUCUUCUGGUUCUGUCCUGGAAGCAGAUGUUGGAUCACUUUCAGGCGACUCCUCAUCACGGCGUGUACUCUCGGGAGGAGGAGCUCCUGCGCGAGCGGAAACGCCUCGGCGUGUUCGGCAUCACGUCCUAUGACUAUCAUGCGCAAAGCGGCCUUUUCCUUUUUCAAGCUAGCAACAGCCUUUUCUAUUGUCAUGAUGGUGGACAUAAUGGCUUCAUUCAGGCCGCACCCAUGAAGCCCGUGGAGAUUAAAACUCAGUGCUCAGGGAUUCGCAUGGACCCCAAGAUAUGUCCCGGAGACCCCAACUUCAUAGCCUUCAUCAACAACAAUGACCUGUGGGUGACCAACAUCGAAUCCGGAGGGGAACGGAGGCUGACCUUCUGUCAUAAAGGCUUGAAUAAUGUAAAGGAUGACCCAAAGUCAGCUGGUGUCGCGACCUUUGUGAUUCAGGAGGAGUUUGAUCGUUUCACUGGAUACUGGUGGUGUCCAGCAGUUUCAGAAGGUGCAGAUGGAGGAAAGACCCUGCAGCUGCUGUAUGAAGAAGUGGAUGAGUCGGAGGUAGAGAUCAUUCACGUUCCUUCACCAGCCCUGGAGGAGCGCAAAGCUGAUGUAUAUAGAUACCCACGCACCGGGAGUAAAAACCCACAGAUCAGUCUGAAACUGGCUGAAAUUCAAACAGAUGAAGAUGGUGAGGUUACAAGCGCACAGACCAAGGAGCUCGUUCUGCCUUUCAAAACACUGUUCCCUGGGGUGGAGUACAUCACGCGGGCUGGCUGGACAAAAGACGGCAAAUACGCAUGGGCAGUGUUUCUGGACCGCAGUCAACAGAAGCUGCAGCUGGUUCUCCUACCCCCUGCGUUAUUUCUCCCGGUGGGUGUGGAAGAUCCACAGUGGGAGGAGCAUGUGGCUGCCAUGCCUGAGGGAGUGCAGCCCUUCGUCAUCUACGAGGAGGUGACGGAUAUCUGGAUCAAUGUCCACGAUAUCUUCUACCCUUUCGUCCAAACAAGUAACGACGAGAUUAGCUUCCUGUGGGUGAACGAAUCAAAAACGGGCUUCUGCCAUUUGUACAAAAUCACAAGCCUUCUACAGCCAGGUUGCCAGCAGUGGACUAAAGACUACACUCCCUCUGAUGACGAUUUCAAAUGUUCAGUAAAGGAGGAGGUGACCUUAACCAGUGGAGAGUGGGAGGUGCUUGCUAGGCAUGGGUCCAAGAUCUGGGUAAAUGAAGAAACGAAGCUGGUGUAUUUCCAGGGGACAAAAGACACGCCCCUGGAGCAUCACUUAUACGUGGUUAGCUACGACUCACCGGGAGAUAUCGUCCGAUUGACAAAGCCAGGCUUUUCACACAGUUGCUCUGUAAGCCAGAACUUCGACAUGUUCAUCAGCCACUAUAGCAACGUGAGCACUCCUCCCUUCGUUCACGUCUACAAGCUGGUUGGUUCAGACAGCGACCCUUUGCACAAAGAGCCAGAGUUCUGGGCCAGCAUGAUGGAGGCAGCAGGAUGCCCAGCAGAUUAUGUUCCACCCGAGAUAUUUAGUUUCCCUGCAAAGUCAGGCUUUGAUCUGUAUGGAAUGCUGUACAAACCACACAACUUGAAACCGGGCAAAAAACACCCAGCCAUACUGUUCGUGUAUGGUGGUCCACAGGUGCAGUUAGUGAACAACUCUUACAAAGGAGUGAAGUAUUUGCGUCUGAACACACUAGCAUCUCUAGGUUAUGCCGUGGUCGUUAUCGAUGGAAGAGGCUCGUGCCAGAGGGGUCUGAAGUUUGAAGGGGCUCUAAAAAACAAAAUGGGUCAGGUGGAGAUUGAGGACCAAGUGGAGGGUCUUCAGUAUGUGGCUGACAAGUACAAGUUUAUAGACUUAAGUCGUGUGGCCAUUCAUGGCUGGUCUUACGGAGGAUUUCUCUCCCUCAUGGGACUCAUUCAUAGGCCGAAUGUGUUCAAGGUGGCCGUAGCCGGAGCUCCUGUAACAGUGUGGAUGGCUUAUGACACUGGCUAUACUGAACGCUACAUGGACGUGCCUGAAAACAACCUGCAGGGCUAUGAAGCGGGUUCUGUGGCCUUGCAUGUGGACAAGCUACCGAAUGAGCCAAACCGGUUAUUAAUCUUACAUGGGUUCCUUGAUGAGAAUGUGCACUUUUUCCACACCAACUUCCUGGUGUCUCAGCUUAUCCGUGCAGGGAAGCCAUAUCAGCUACAGAUCUAUCCCAACGAGAGGCACAGCAUCCGCUGCCCCGAGUCCGGCGAGCACUACGAGAUCAUGCUGCUAUAUUUCCUCCAGCAGAAUCUCUGAUGAGGGCUGCACUUUGUUUUGGGACGGUCUUCAACCUCCGGCCACCCUCCACCCGUCAUCCAAUCACACAACCCCCACCGCCUUCGAGCAGCCAUGACGUAAACAGCUCAGGGCAGCGCUCUUCUCUCUAGCCUUUUUGCUUGUCUGUUCUCCCUCCUCUGGAAACGUCUUUUUUGCUACAGCCUGGAACAGACUUUUCGCGAAUGCGUUCAGUGUCGAGCAUGUCAGCAGAGUUUUAACAGGUUUGAUGAAAGGACAGACGCACCCGAGACGCGGGGUGCGAGCGGCACGCAGUACUUUCAACUAAAGGAACUUUGUAGCUCAUGAACUUCUAAGCAGUUUUCUGUUUGUUUUGGGUCACUUUCUUCGUGCCACGUCUAGCUAAUGCUUCUUUUCCUCCUGACCCCCGAAUCCCAACACUGACUACGUUGCCAAAAUGUCUCGUUUAUUUUGUUUUUUUUUUCUUUUUAAAAUUUCCCGCUAGUGGCUUAACAGACGUAUAUUGAGCCGUUCUCUCGUUCUCCCACCCCCCUACCCUUUUCCCCCCUUCCAUGUUCACGUACAGAAAUGCUCUUAUCUCCCUCCCUCUGGUUAACAGAUCAUUUUAACUUAAAGCAAGCUUUUUCUAUUGUGCAAGUACAACAGUUUGUGCUCACGUGCAACCUGGAUUACAACACGUCACCUUGUCAGCCGCGGGUUGCGGCUCUUGCAUAAAGACACCUCACACUACUACCUGCAAUUCAUAUUUUAAGUGUGUAUUAUUAAAGGAACAUAUUUUUUAUGAAUUCCAAUUCUUUUUAUAAGUGGUGUGAUGUGUAGAAACUCAUUAAAUGACUGUGAUUCCGUGGUGUUUUAACUAGGUGGCUACAGUCUACAGUUGCGUA